AUGUCUCUCACCCCUAUUGUCCUCAGCGACCCUGCUACUUCGGGUAUUCGCAAAACCACGCAAUCUGACGGCAACGAAGCAUUCAUGCAAGUCCUGCCUGGACCCCUGAUCAAGGUAUGGGGACUAGCUGGUCCCAACGACGUCAAGGAUCGUAAAUGGGAAGGCACUUUCUUCAUCCGACCUGAAGCCGAAAUCGAGCACUUUAUGAAGCAAAGUGCGAAAUCAUUUUUAUUGCAGCAACCUAUAAAUCUUAUUAAGGGAUGGGACGAGAUCGUGGUUCCCUCUAACCCUCUCUGCGAAGAUAGACAUACGAUCGACAUCAUUUCCAUGAAUCAGAUUGAUAGACUCACUGAGAGCGCUACUGAUAAGGGUGGAGCAUUCUGGAGGACUUGGCAUGAGAUUCGGAACGCUGAAUUGAUGGUCACUAAGGAAGAUGAUACCUUCGAGAGUGACAGUGACGACUUCGUAUCAAGCAGCCACAAGCUAAUGUUCGUCUCUGUCUUUGACGGGAUGGGAGGUAACAUCGUCAGUGACAUGAUCAGCAAAACGCUUCACGCUUGCUUGGCCCUUACUAUCGCUAGAUUCAAAGCUGAAUCGCAAGGUUCUUCGAUCAAUCAGGAACGUCUCGCUCGGGCAUUGAGUGAUACUUUCGUUGCGCUCGAUAAUGAUUUUAUUCAAGCACCAGUCGCUGCACUGAAUGGCCAAAUCCAACGAGAUUGCAAUUCACUCGUUCUGCCUAAAUGUAGUCCAUCGAAUUUCCUUCUCGGAGCUACUGAAGGCGCUGGCAGUACAGCCUGUUCAGUGAUUGUCGAUACCGAAGCUUCGAGGAUGUACAUCGCCCAUGUGGGUGAUUCAAGAGCUGUAGCAGGCUGGUGGAAUACCAAAGAGAACAGGUGGAGGUGUGACGUAUUAACAGAAGAUCAGUGUGGUGAUAGUCCUAAAGAAUGUACAAGACGACUAGGAAGACAUCCCCCUGAUGAAGCUAAUAAGGUCAUAUAUGAUCGAGGAUGGGGUAAUAGAAUAUUAGGAACCAAUGAUGUCGUUCGUAAAUUUGGAGGAAGUUCAAGUAAGCGAUCACACGAAGAAGAAGAAGAAAUUUGGAACGCUCUACAAACUAAACAAGCUUUUAACUAUUUCCCCAAGGCUACUCCACCUUAUACCGACACGGAAGCGACAGUAACUCACCGAGACAUUAAAUCUGAAGAUGAGAUUCUGAAGUUUGUCAUCGUCGCCACAGACGGAGUAUGGGAGAGAAUCACUUCUGAAGAAGCGGUCCUCUUGACUGCUGCCUACAGAGACAAACCUUCACAAGGUGAUGUUCUCAAGACCUCUUUGGCUGAGAAGUACCCAUUGAUUACUCCAAGCGAGCCCCGUUUGUUCCCAGUCCAAGAUCUACCAGGAACGGGUGAUCGUAUUGAGGGUUCCUGGGCCUUUGAUGGGGAUAAGGAUGCUGGUACGCAUUUGAUCAGAAACGUCCUCGGAGGUGGGGAUAAAGAAUGGAGGAGACAACUUCUCAGUUUGAGAGAAGGCGCUGCGAGACAAAUGAGAGAUGAUCUCACUGCCGUGUGA